GCAAUGAUGGUAUCCCAAAACUUAGUAAUGCUCUCAUGCCCCCCAGUACAGUCACAAAUAAAUCCUGUAGUUUCUACAAAUACCCCCCAGACUUUCAUAGUACAGCCCAACAAAACUACUACGGGUCAGCAGCACAAAAGAAACCCAUUGCAAGUGCCCAACCAAUGGUAUUAAAGGUUUCUGGUAUGACCCCACCUUUGAUAGUAAAACCAAACUCCCAGGUAAAUUCUCUAACAGUACCAAGUGUACCAGCAGCGCAGGUUGUAAAUAUCAAACAAGAGCCAGUGAUGCCUCAGGUUGUUACAAUGGUCAAUAAGACAAGUACAUCACUUGCAAAGAAUCUGCUGUCUUCACCCAUAACACCCACUCCCAGCCUGGCAAAUCCAGUAGUAAUAUUAAGUAAUGAGGGUAAGAAGUACAAAGUUGUUGGCAAUCCUGUUCCAGUUAGAUUACACCCAAAACUGCAAAAAAUAGCACCAAAAGGACAGACUGCCAUUCCACCUCUGAGAAAAGUACAGCAACAGCUAUGUCAACCACAGCAACAGCAAGUUGUCCAACCUCCAUCCCCUGCCAAGAAGGUACUCUCAUCAAAACCACCUGCCUACUUGAACAUCCGUGUCAAAGAAGAACCUAAUGAUGAGCCAAUUGGGGAAUUAGUGUAUGUAGAUGGUGUAAAGAUCAAGGAUGAGCCUUUAGACCCCCAGACAGAGCUAGAAGAGGCUUUGGAGAUGGCAUCACAGAAGCCAUUUGUUGAUGUCAGAAUUAAAGAAGAACCAAGUGAGGAAAAUGAGCUGCUAGAAAAAGAUGAACAACUAAGGAAAGUUCUAGAAGCCACAUCAGCCACAAGCACAAACGAUACACCAAACAAGCCACGUAGGUUUUAUAUUCGAACAUCAGAAGGCAAGUUAAUCUCCAUCUCUCCAGAAGAAGCAGAAGCCCUUGGACUAAAUCAUGAUGAUAAAGCCGAGGAGAAUCAGAAGAAGCUUGUCAAGGCCCUGGCUGGUGUUGGGGACUUCCCAUUAAAGAAAGUCCUUGUUGACCAGAAGCGUCUUGAGAAGACUCAGUGCACAGUCUUGAUCCCAGACAAUGUAGAUGUAAAGGAUUUUGUGAGCCGAAACGUUCCUCCUGCUGCAGAAAAAGAAGCAACUCUUAUGAAAACCCUGAAAUGCUCCUCAGAAGCUCUUGAGGCUCAGUUCUCAACCUCUAAAAUCUUUGUUCCCACAAAGACUAACACUACCAUUAUUGGUGAGUAUAUAGAUAAGGAUGUGCAUUUCCUUAAAAUUCAUAUUGAAACAGAGAGUGGAGAAAGAGAUGUGUGUAACAUUCUUAAAACAGCUUUAAAUACUUAUCAGUGCCCAUUCUGUAAGAAAGAUUUUAAAACAAAAGACCAUAUCAUUUCACAUAUCAGAGUACAUACUGGAGAAAGGCCUUACCCAUGUGAUAUCUGUGGCAAAAGAUAUCGCCAGAGAAUUGACAUUAUUCGGCACAUGCGCAUUCACACAGGGGAGAAACCAUUCACUUGUGGACUAUGUAAUGUGUCUUUCAAUCAGAAGUCUAACUUGAGAUCUCAUAUGAGAAUUCACACUGGUGAACGUCCAGUACAGUGUAAGAUUUGUGGGAAAGGAUUUUCUCGGAACACACAUCUUAAGCAGCACAUGAAAUUGCAUACAGGUGAAAAACCUUUUUCCUGUCAAAUAUGUUACCGCCCUUUCCGCUUCAAAUCUGGCCUCCAGGCACAUGAGCGAAUACAUUCAGGGCUCAAACCCUAUGCAUGUGGUGUAUGUGGGAGGAGCUUCACCCAGGUUGUUGGUUUAAUACGCCAUGAGAGAACCCAUGCUGGAGAAAAGCCGUUCCGUUGCCAGAGUUGUGGCAAGUCCUUCAAUAAUCGUGAAAGUUUACAGUUUCAUGUUAAGAAGCACACAAGUGAACGUCCAUAUUCUUGUGACUUGUGCAAGAAAACAUUCACAGACACAUCAGCUCUUCGUUGCCAUAGAAAAAAAUACCAUAGCAACAUGCUGAUAUGUGUGAUUUGUUUCCGUGAGGACUUUAAAACGCGUAUUGAACUAAGGGAACAUCUGCGUGCCCAUGAGAGAGAAAACUGGGAAGAGAACGAGAGUGGGGAUCUCGUACCUCGUAUUCAAGAAGGAUCCCCAACUUUUGUGAGUAUAGACGAUACCAUGGAGAACCUGGAAGAGGGUGAAGAAGAAAACAGGGAAGGAGUUGACUUUGACUCUGAAAGAGCAGAGGAAAUCCAAGUGGAAGUGGAACUAGAUGUGGAUGACCCAAUUGAGAACGAUGAUGAGUACACCAAUGACAGUGAUUAUGAGGACCAAGAUUUCCAAGGUGAUCCCCUUGUUGAUCCUUUGAUGUGAUUCUCAGAUUUUUGAAAAUUGGGAAAUGUGGCUGUAGAAUCUCUUGGGGGCAGGGGUAUGCUCUUCAUUGUAUUUUGUUAUGUUUUUUGUUUUGUUUUGUUUUUAUCAGUUAAAAUAUUUUGCAAAGUAUCAUGGUAAUCAUUCCCAGGUGGAUGUAUUUUAUUUGAUUAAUGUUACAUUAAUAUUUC